AUGCCAGAAGGUGUGAUUUCGGAGUUCAAGGACCGAUUAGAGGAGCUCGAAGCUGAUGCGGCUGAGCUUGUCGCUUCCGACGAGGAGCUCGAGCUCAGCGACAUCAAGAAUGGGAGGAACCAGGGCAAGAGGCGCCCCGCGGCCAAGAGGGGCCGCCCUCAGGCGGCUCCACCCAAGGCCAAGAAGAGCAAGCGCUCCGCGGAGGAUGAGGGUGAUGGAGGCGGCAGCCUCCCAACAUUCAAGAAAAGCACAAAGAAGUUCCACCAGGACUUCGUUCGGCUAACUCUGGAGGAGGCUGCAAAGGCCCUCAGGCGCUCACAAGGCGUCAUGGGCUCUAAGGCGGACAAGUUGCAGCCAAUCAUCCCGAUUGUGUUCAAGAAAUGGCAGGACAUGGUGGGCGGGCCGCUGUACAGUACGGAGGACUUCUCCGUCAAGGAUGCCAUAAAUCUCAUUGACAACAGCAAGGCUAAGUUCAAGCGAUCGAUGAAGGACAUCCAGGACCAGUUCAAUGUAACUGGCUCCAGACUUAGCGACAAGAUGGUGGAAGAGUACGACAGGGCUCAGGGACACGUUCGUGGCCACGUGGCUCAAGAUAUGGGAUGGCGGUGA